AUGAAAGCAAUCGACAAGGGGAAGAUCGUGCUACAAGAAAGCCAAUCGCAACAGUCAGCCUCAGUGGCCUCUUUGUCGAUUCAACAACUACAUGACAUGAUCAUGACCUCCAUAAGAGCUCAAUAUGGAGGGCCGGCCCAAACCUCCUUCAUAUAUUCCAAGCCAUACAUUCAGAGGAUCGACAACCUAAAAAUGCCUACAGGAUAUCAGCCCCUAAAGUUCCAACAAUUUGACGGAAAGGGCAACCCAAAGCAACAUAUAGUCCACUUUGUAGAAACAUGCAAAAAUGCGGGAAUAAGAGAAGAUUUACUGGUUAAACAGUUCGUCAGAACCCUCAAAGGGAACACUUUUGACUGGUACACAGACUUAGAGCCUGAGGUGAUUGACAGCUGGGAGCAACUUGAAAGAGAAUUCUUGAAUCGCUUCUAUAGCACCAGAUGCACCGUCAGCAUGAUAGAGCUAACAAACUCCAAACAACGGAAAGGGGAACCAGUCGUCGACUACAUCAAUCGAUGGAGAGCUUUGAGUCUGGAUUGUAAAGAUCGACUCACCGAGUUAUCUACUGUGGAAAUGUGCACGCAGGGUAUGCACUGUGAAUUCCUCUAUAUCCUACAAGGGAUUAAGCCCCGUACUUUUGAAGAAUUAGCGACCCGCGCUCACGACAUGGAGCUAAGUAUCGUCAACAGAAGAACGAGGGACUUUCUGAACCACGACCCGAGGAAAGAUAAGAAGAAGGUGAAGGGCACCGAGAAAAAUGUGAAAGGUGUCAUGAAGGAAUCAAUGGUCACUAACACAACCCCAUUGAAAUUCUCAUCAAAAGAGAAAGAAAAGAAGAUAGAGAAGAAAGACCAAGAAGGCGAGAGACGUCGCCCAACCCUGAAAGAAAGACAGGUGAAGGUUUAUCCAUUCCCUGACUCUGACGUAGCGGACAUGCUCGAACAAUUAUUGGAGAACCACCUUAUCCAACUGCUAGAAUGUAGACGACCGGAACAGGCCGGCAUGGUGGAUGACCCCAAUUACUGCAAGUAUCACAAGGUCAUCAGUCACCCAGUCGAAAAAUGCUUCGUACUGAAAGAAUUGAUCCUCAAAUUGGCCCGUGAAAGGAAAAUAAAACUGGAUCUAGACGAGGUGGUCCAAACGAAUCACACUGCAGUGACAGUAACUCCGAGCGUGGUGCCACCAACCAUAUCUUAUGAAGAAAGGGAGAGCUUGGUCCAGUUUGGGACUUUCGAACCUAUGGUAGUGCGGUUUCAGUAG